CUCGUCGCCAGCCUAGCAGUCCGAUUUAUCGGAAACGACAUCCGUUGCAUCCGUUGAUUCGUACUUGAUCGCGAGCGACAGGCCUUUCGUGGGGCCAUGUAAAAGGCUAACGUGGUCGGCCGAAUUCAGCGUUGAAUUCAGUGAACGGGUGUUUAAUUGUUCUCCAUGAGUGUCAGCAAAUUAUUGCCAUGUUUACUGCCUCUCGGUUCAGACGCAGAGUGUCGCGCAGCGAGAGUUUCCAAUUGAUUUUCAGUGAUUGUGCUCGGCCUUAGUUUCCACGUUUCGAUGUGAUAGUUCGCCAGUGCUUCUUUCAUUCAGUUUAUUUCCAUGUGUAUAUCAAUGUUCAACGUGAUAGCUUCGCUAUGAGUGAGCGUGACUCAGUUACGUGAGAGUCUAGUGUUUCUUUCCGUUCGACUCAACCGUUGAUUCAAAUUUUAACUCGUGUCUUCUGUGCUGACCAUGAUGUCAGGAAGUCGAUCUAGCAACGAUCAGGAUUUAAGAUUUCCUCGGGAAAGUGGUGAGGAUUCCGAGGAUGAAAGUGAAAUUUUGGAGGAGAGCCCCUGCGGAAGGUGGUUGAAACGUCGUGAAGAGGUGGAACAACGUGAUGUCCCCGGAAUCGACUGUGCCUACCUGGCGAUGGACACAGAGGAAGGUGUGGAGGUGGUCUGGAAUGAGGUUCAGUUCUCCGAGAGGAAGAACUUCAAAGCACAAGAAGAGAAAAUACAGUCUGUUUUUGAUAGUUUGACACAGUUGGAGCAUCCUAACAUUGUCAAAUUUCAUAGGUAUUGGACUGACACGCACAACGAUAAACCACGGGUGAUAUUUAUUACUGAGUAUAUGUCCUCCGGGUCAUUGAAGCAGUUCCUAAAGCGUACUAAACGCAACGUCAAAAAGUUACCUUUACAAGCAUGGAAACGAUGGUGUUCUCAAAUUCUUUCCGCUCUCAGUUAUUUGCAUUCCUGUUCGCCGCCCAUCAUCCAUGGGAACUUGACAUGUGAUACAAUAUUUAUUCAGCACAAUGGCCUCGUCAAGAUAGGAUCAGUGGCGCCUGACGCAAUCCAUCACCAUGUGAAAACUUGCAGGGAAAACAUGAAGAACAUGCACUUUAUCGCCCCCGAGUUCGGUGCAAGUGUUAGUCCUGCAAUCGACGUGUACUCUUUUGGCAUGUGCGCUUUGGAAAUGGCUGCCCUGGAAAUUCAGGGGAAUGGAGAUAGCGGAACUCUAGUGACUGAUGAUCAUAUCAAUAGGACAAUAGAAUCCUUAGACGAUCCAGAGCAGAAAGACUUCAUUUACAAGUGCCUGGGAAAGUCACCCUCGAAACGGCCGUCAGCGCGCGAGUUACUCUUCCACCCUAUCCUCUUCGAAGUUCACUCCCUUAAGUUACUAGCUGCUCAUACUUUAGUUCAUAGUGCUGCAAAUAUAUCAGAAACGAUUUCUGAUGAAGUAGUUUACGGUUCAGAUGUGAUAUUAGCUGAAAUUAGACAUUCUGAUGGAAGACCUCCUUUUCAGAUGAAAAUGGCAGAUGUACCAAUAACAGAAAAAUUAGAAAAAUUUGUAGAAGACGUAAAAAAUGGAAUAUAUCCUUUAACAGCAUACCGACCGAGGCAACCUCCCCCACCACGUCCUCAGGCAGUAUCUCCUGAAAUAGCGGAAUCGGUCAAAUCAGUCACGCCGGAGCCAGUUGAUGUCGAGGCGCGUCGAGUCGUCAACAUGAUGUGUAACGUCAAACCAAAAGGUCAAUCUUGUGAGCUUAUGAUGACAAUUUUACUUAGGAUGGACGACAAGAUGAACAGGCAACUAACGUGUCUUGUAUCUGAGGUGGAUUCAGCCCUGGUGCUAGCUCAAGAACUAGUCUAUUACGGUUUUAUCAAUGAGGCUGAUCGAGAAAAAAUAGCGCUGUUAAUCGAGGAAGCCCUUCACGGAGAAACAACAAGUCAGCCCCAAUUGAAAUCGCCACCGUUAAAUACCCCAGCCACCAUCAGCACAGGCAGUUAAUACAGGCUUCCUGAUCGCCAUUUUGUUAUCGGCGGUCACCUGUGUUUUUCAAUUUCCUAGGAAAAUUCUAAUUGUGAUGCAGUUGUAUUUUAAUCUUUAUUAAUUAUUUUUUUUUCAAGUUUUUUUUUUUUUUUUUUAAAAAUAAACAGUGUAACGAUUCUUCCUCUAUCAGAGUGAGAAAGAAACGGCCUAGCAGUAUCAUCUCGAUUACUUUUGGCUAUUUUCGUUCGAUCGAUUUAUUUUCAGAUUUUUUUUCAAGCUUCAAGAAUAAAGCUCUUCCAUUCUUAUUUUAAAUAUUCGUGAAAUGAACUUUUCAAAUUGUAAUAGUUUUAUAUUUUUUUAUGAUUUUUUUUUCUUUGUUUUCCUGCAUUUCUACAAUCAAGCUUUAAUGUAGAAUUUUGUACGAGAAACAAUUCCCUUUAGUCAGUCAGUAAUAGCACCGGACUGCUUAGUUUAAGACUCAAUAAAAUUCCUAAUGUUAUGCAGCUUUUUAAGUUGAGCAAUUUUUAAAGACUUUCUGUUCUCAACCUAGUCAAUUAUUCAAUCGUAAUUUUACACCCAAUUUGCUAGUUAAACUCACUUCAGGGGAGCAGUUGUUUUUCUUUUCUCUGCGUUACCACACUCUGUAUUUUUUCCAAAUAUUCACUUCUAUAUGAUAAUGUUUUUUGACAUUUAGUCUACAAUUUCCACAUCGUUUAAGAUUUCCUCAAAGCUGGCUUUUGAUACACCUCUAAAUAAAUUAUAUUCUAUAUAUAAGAUGCAAGCCUUUUAGUGAUAAGAUUAUUUUCCACUCUAAAUACUUCUGUAAUAAAAUUAUUCGUUCAAGAAAUCAGGGUGUUUACAGUACUGAACAAGUGGGAAAAGAGUGGAAAAAUGUCACACCAGCAAAGCUAGAGAAUCUCAUGUAAAAAAGACGACCUGAUUUUCUGUGCCUUGUAAGUUUUUACAACAGUCAAAAUUGGGAAAACUUCAACAUUGGUUUUGAGCAUUGAGAGUUUCAAGUUCAAUUAUAUUAUUGGAACAUCAAAUUCUGCCUUUUGUUCGUCAAUGGAUUGUUGAUUCAGAAAUUGCAGGAUAUUUUGUCAUUUUGGUCAAGGAAAACCAAAAAAAAUUUGAGAAAUUUUCCAUCCUGCUACCUGCAAACACCCUGGAAAAUUUUGCGGUAGACGAUUAAAUUGUUAUGUAUAAAUUUGUAAUUGAUUCCAAACGUUGAAAGUUCAGACAAGGUAAAAGAUGAAAAAUCUAAUGACGCCAAAAGCUCUGUAAAAAACUUCAAAAAAGACUCGCUGUUAGAUUAAGUUUCUAAUUUAUGAAAGUCUGGGCUCUGACUUAUCAAAAAAUUUGAACGAAUCCAUUGUUUUCAAUUUUCAUGUUGAUUUUUUAGUAAGAACACUUUGGUAAUUCUGUCAGUUUCACAUUCCUUUCAGUUAGAGCAGUGUGGGUCUUGGGUUUUUCACAGCAAUUUUUAAGCAAUGUCAGAUCUUGAGACAGAAACAAUUUGAAAAUGUUUAUUUUCAAGUUGGCACCUAUGGAAAAUCAUCAAUUCAAAUUCUUGUUAAGAUCAUUCCUUCGAAGGACUGAUCACAUUAGAAUAUUUUUUUACUUUCUCCAUCUGUAAGCACAAUUACACUCUAGAAAAACAACUGCUCCACAUCCUUAAUCCUCGGUUUGACAACCAAAAUCUUGUUCACACACAUGCCCUUGCGAUAGCAAUUCUAUUGUAUGAUUGUAAACUUUCUCUGACCAUCCCGACUCCAUGAAGGAGCUACGUUAGGUUAGAACGUUUAUAUUUUUUUCUUUGAACUAAAAUUGCAACCCCUUUUCCAAAGUUUGUAUCAAGUUUUCAAGUCUGAUCUCUGCUGAAAAGUAGACUAUCAGAUGAAGUUGGGCCAAGAAUUUUCCCCUACUUUAAUGAACCUGCCGAUUACUUUGAAACUUAAUUAUCUUGAAAUUUCAUCUUUCUCUAUAUUCAAAGCAAUACUUUUUUUUUGUUAAGGACUUUCAACGAAUGACGUAAGACUUUCAGAAUUCGUUGCCUCAGACACAAGAGGGGAGAAGAAAAUAUAUCAGGAACUAUGAUAUUUUAGGAGGUAAUAUUGCAGUUGAGAAUUGAAAAUAUUGUGAGAAGUUUGACUUUUUCCCUCAACUUCAAGAGAAAGUUUGACGAUGGGACAAAAGUUAAGUACUCUGAAGUUAUAUUAUGAUUUUAAAUGAUACAAAACAUGAACGCUCCCGCAGAUUUCAAAAGUAUGUUGACUUUUUAAUUUCUCUACCUCUGAUAGGAUUUUUUUUCUAGUGCCCUCCCCUCCUCCACGUUUUAUCUGUUACUCACAUUGUUUCUUAAGAUUAUUCAAUGAUAUCUAACUGCUUUAUUUUGUUAACGUAUGGUGGUUAUCUGAACUUGAACCAGGUUUUAGUUCCAUUUCUUUAGUUGUAUCUUUAAGCAUCCUAAAAAAGGACUGAACGAUUUUAGAGUGCUUAGAAUAUGGAUAACCGGAUCAAAAUUUGCUCAUUUUUACGAAUAGUCAAACAAUGAAUUUCUAUUGAGCUAUUCAUAUUGCUCUGUCCUUUUUUUGAACAGUCUUGCUGUAACUUUUUUUAACGCUGAAGGUAUGCUGGCAGGUACGCUGAAGGUAACGGUGAAUAAAUGCUGAUGUUUUUAUAACGGCUCUUCUUUUUACCAAUAUAAGGUAUUGUAAUGCGUUAGUCACUAUAUGGGAGUCAAGUCAGUCGCUUAAUGUAAAAACAGGCAUCAGGCAUUUUCAUGGCAAGUGAUGGAGCCCGAGAGAACCCCAAGAGGUGCCCAACUCUUCUAGAAAGCUUUUUUCCAAUGCUCCCCCCUCUCUUAUCUCAGUUUUUUCAAAUGCCCCUCUGAGGAGACACUCAAGAGGUGCAAACGGAGCCCUCCUCAUGAAUUUUUUGAUGCUGGGCCAAAGUUGCCCCUAAUUACCAUUGAUUUUUUUAUAAAAUGUCAUCCAAGAAUUUUCAUACCCCUUGAAAGUGAUGUUAUCACGAAAAAAAUAUUGCUAGAUCACCAUUCGACUUGUCAAAAAUCUGAGUGGCAACUGUAAAGUCACAUUUUGGAUUAAUCAAACUCCUAUAAAAUGAGAUUGUAAUGAAGCUGAUUCUCAUAAUUUCAAAAGCACUAUUAAACCCUUGUACCGCCUUUUUCUCCAAACCAUUUCUCCCAUGAUGGCCUAAUUUUUAGGUAGUUUCGUAACAAUAAUCAAAGUGACUACAUUAACAUCAAAGCAGAGUUUAAACUAUCUUGAUCAAUAUUUGCUUACAGAAUAAACAGCUUCAGGUGGUCCUUACAAACUUCGUCACAUAAAGUGGGGAUUGAUAUUAUGUGUAAGCAAAGACUUUUGUCGAUUAAUUGUAGAGGGAACUGGUAGGGCGUUAUCAUACGGCCUUGUAAACCUGGAGCCUGACAUGGAAUAUGCUACAUCUGAUCUUAAUUUGUUACGUAUGUGAACAUCACUGUAACUGUAGAUGAUGGGUUGUCGGAAAUUUGCAUGAACGUUGCUCUGACUCAUGGUAUUGUGCAGUGUGGCGUGGAAUGAUCCACCCAAAAUCAGGUUAUCAUCUACAAAUAUGAAGAAAUGAAGGAAUCCUUUUUGUUAAUUUUCACAACUCAAUUUUAAUUAUAGUGAAUGCUCUUACAAAAAUUAAAUUUUUUUGGAUUUUGUAACAUCCCAGUUGCAGCAAAUUUUUUUUCUGUCGAUUACAUCAAUUUGAAUUUUUGUACUUCACCAUAUUUUUGCUCUUAUAUAGCAGUGUAAUGCAGACUUAGCCACAAAGUGCGUGGGGCAAUAUUUUAACACUUUGUAACUUACCAAAGUCGAAAUUGAGUAUUUUUCGGUUAUUUUUUGUGAGAAGGUCAAUUUUAUGUAUCAUGAGUCUCAAAAUGUUCGGGAUUACAAAUUCUGCAGAGCCUCAAAGUCUAUGUGUUAAAGUCUAUGUCGACGGUGUAAGUCGGCAAUCACAUAACUCGGUUUGACUUUGGCAGACUUCCUGUCAUACUUUAUUUUUAAACGGAAAACUACUCAGCAGCAAUUCUCUACAACUGCUGUGAUUUUCUUUUCUGUGCAAAGAAAAUUCUGCAUAAACUUCAAGGAAUGAUGUCAAUCUGCUUUCCUUUAAAAAAGUAACAUGGAGGUGGAGAUUUUUAGACACCGCAAAGGGGAGAUAUGUGAUUGCGGACUUACGCUGUCGAUAUGUCUAGCCUCAAAUGUCUAAUCCACAAAAUAUGGGUCUAGACAUUUACCCGAAAGUACUAAUAAUACUUUUGAAAUCGAUUUCAUCAAAAUUUAUUCCUUACUUUUCGUACUUUUAAACCAAAAUGGAUCCCACUGCAAGAAGCUUGUUUGGGGGAAGAAUUUCUCAUAAUAGAGUAUUGCAUAUUAUUUUUGAAAAAAGCUUUCGAUCCAAAAUUUCUUUUGGUAAGAGAUCACUUGAUUGGCUCUAAACAAAUUUGAUCUUCUUUGUUGAAAUUUCAAUUGUUUUUUUUUUUUUUUUUUUUUUUUUUUUUUUUUUUUUUGCAAUCGAGAAAAUAUGAGCUCUGAGUUGUAUUCAUACUUCACUAAGUAAAGGGAAUGGAAAAUUCUCAGUUGUAGCGAAAGAUAACUAUAGAGACUUGCAGAAUUUCCUGGUUGCACUGAAAUAUCUAUCGUUCCCCUUUGUCUCAUUUUUGUAAAUGACAUCUAGCAAUGGAAGCAAAUAAAUACAUUUUUUUCCACUGUUCACCUGUAAAUGCAUUUGCUGAGAGCAAAUAUUGCUGAAUGAUAUUAAUGAGGAAUACUCUGUUUUCCCUUUUAGUGUAUUUUCUUCGGAAAAUACAUUACUUUUAAAAAAAUAAGAUGAUGCAAGUUUUAUUUCCAAACAAAUUGAAAUCUCUGCAAGACAAACUCAACAUCUUUUCAUUCUUUUGUUGACUGUAAAAACUAUUUGCUACGAUAUUUUUGAAUUUUCUGUGGGAAAAAAUGGAACAUUUCGUAUUAUUUGAAACCAAAUUUUUUAAAAUUUUCAGGGAGAUUUUAAUGGUACUCCAAUGGUACCAGAACAAACUGCCUGUGGCAAUUUUGAAACACUCCAAUGAAUUUCCACUCUAAUUCAAAGAAUCAAUUCAAUUUUCAUUCAUGAACAUCAGGGAAUCUAGCUGAAAGACUAGACUUUUUCAUUCUUGCUUGAUUUUUUCUCUGUUGCUUGAGUUUGUACAACCGUCAGAAUGAAGAUUCAAGUUUUGAUGAGAGGAACUAAAUGCUCACCCAAAUAGACAAUUCUGAAUUUCAGUCCCUAUAAAAGUUGAGGGAUUAUUUUUUCCUAGAAGUCCAUAAUCAACCUGAAGAUGUGUCAAAUGUUAGCUCUUAUCAGCACAAUAAAAAAAUCCCCAUCUUAGCUCCCAUUAUCAAGGAACUUACAUUCAGAGGUAUCUUAUGAGUUGAAAAUGGACCGCGUUUAACAGAAAGGAACCAAGCCACAUCAGCUAUUGCCAAUUUUAAUUGGGCAAUUUAAUUUUUUACCAGAAAACGUCUGUGCGGAUCCUUUUGAAAAUGGCAAGGAAUUUGCUUCGUACUGUGGAGAAAAUUCACUGAAAUUUACACAAAAAUCCGCACAACUGUUUUCAUGUAAAAAAUUAAAUCAGCCAAUUAAAUUUGGCAAUAGUUGGCUUGGUUCCUUUCUGUUUAACGCGAUCCAAAUAGGUGAGAACUUAUUGAUGAGGCUGGCACUAGCCAAAUAAAUCUUUCAGUCAAAAGACAGUGAAUUGUGAGCAAAUCAUUACUUGCUUGUGUGGAAUUCUCCCGAUACCUGUUUCGGCAAAAUAGUCCGAAAAAUUAAGGUUCUCUCAACCUCCCCCCCCCCCUUUCUCAAUGUGAACUCAUCCUAUUCAGAUAACCUCAUCUUACCGUAGUGUCAUUUAUUAAAUGAACUUUUUAUAUGAGUGUAUAAUUUCAUUAGAAUGUUUCAAAAUUGUCUGAGACGUUUAAUUUUCAUUUAGACAACUUAAACUCAGAUUGCUUAGAUAUCUAAUCUCGUAACUGUACACUUUGUCAAAUAGAUGACUUGGACUUGUCGCCGCUCAGAUUGUUAUUCAUUAAGUAUUCUCUUGUAGAUUAGCUUACAUUUAUAAGCUUACCGUGUGAGAUUUUGUCUUGUAAUCGGAGGUAGGGGUGCUCUAUUGGAAAUUAAUUGGAGCUUACUCUGCCGUGCUUAGCAAGAACGCUGUAAAUCCAUCAAAAUUUUCCCUGGGUUUUUGGAACUUAACACUUUGUAAAGUAAAAACCGUUUCACCCUCGCAUAUUAAAUUUUCAGGUUAAGUUCUUGAUAGUAUUUGCAAAAUAAUUCUGUAAAAAUAUUGUCCCAAGGUACACAAGUUUUUCGGCUAUGAUGCAUUGUUUCCAAAAGAUGUAAAAUGGCGUUUCCGGCGUUUUUGCGUUGCACGGCAGUACUGGGGAUGCCCUUUUUUUCUUCUCUCCUUGGGUGAUAGCUGCGAGGUCACCGAACAAAACCUACGUCAAAAUGAAAAAAAAAAACACUUCAAUGAGACUCCAGUAAUACCAAUAGAGCACUCCUCAUCAUAGAUUGUUUGAAGAUGGCACCCUUGAGUAGAAGAAAUGGCAAAAUACUUUUCAUCGUCACCUGUGUCCUUUUCAUUUACAUAUUUAUUUGUGAAAAUGGGCUGUAAUGUCUAUGCCCUCAGUUUGAGAUGACCUUUUGUUUUUAGAUUAAAAGAUUGAACAUCUCAGACCUUUUUAACAGUCAGAGAGUAUAUUUGCACGAUCAUUUCGUUCUAAUAUCCUGUGGACAAAAUUAAAUCUAUCCUGAAGUGUGCAGAAACAAUAUUCUCAAUUCAGAGCUAAGCUCAGACUUAUAUUCAACUAUCUUACAAGUAACUAAAUUACAUUCAGUUCUGUGGAAGUCUUUAAACUUUGCCAGCUGUUUAGCCUGAUAAACAUUGUAAACCUCUUAACGUUAUUUUAAGUUAUGGUUUGUAAUAUGCUUCUAUUUUUCUGUUUAUUUCGUCACCCCUGCCGCUAGUCUGUGGACAUACUUAAGUCAAAGAAAAGGAUACAAUUGCGUUUGCUUACUACCUCCUCUGUCUUGUCCUUUGUUCUUGUCUUCGCAAAGUUUCUUGUAUUCUGUCAAGUAUUCAAAUUAAUUUAUUCCUACGAUAAUAAAUUAUGUUUUUAUAUUUUUUA